AUGUCUUUCUUUCAAGAGGAGAACGACGAGUAUGAGGAUGUGAGCACUGUUAUGGUUCGAAACUCGCAUCUAGAUCUUAUGGAUCAAGAUAUAUUGUAUCAUUUGGCUCUAGGGAGUGGUUCACAUGACCUUAGAGCCAUGUUCGGCGAUGUUAAGUUUGUGUGUAUGGGUGGGACACCAAAACGUAUGGAACAAUUCGCUUAUAGAUUGAUGGAAGAAAUAUCGUACAAAAUACCUACAGGUACCACGUUGCAGGACAUCAGUCGAUAUUCGUACAGAUACUCUAUGUACAAAGUUGGCCCUGUCUUGUGUAUAAGCCAUGGUAUGGGCAUGCCUUCGGUGGGAAUCCUUUUACACGAGAUCAUCAAGCUGAUGUUCCACGCUAAAGUCGUAGAUCCUGUCUUCUUUAGGAUAGGUACAAGUGGUGGUAUCGGACUGGAAGGCGGGACCGUGAUCAUUUCCGACGAGGCCGUGGACGGAACCCUUCAACCACACUUGGAAUUACAAAUUCUUGGCAAGACUGUGAAAAGGAGUUCCGUCCUUGAUAAGAAACUACAAUGGGAGUUAAAAUCGCUAGCGGAACCAGACGACCCGUAUCCUACAGUGAUCGGCAAGACCGUAUGCACCAGCGACUUCUAUGAAGGUCAAGGACGUAUGGACGGAGCAUUUUGCGACUUCACAGAAGAAGAAAGAAUGGAAUACUUAGAAAAAUUAAAAUUUAAUGGUGUGAGGAAUAUCGAGAUGGAAUCUUUAGCUUUCGCAGCACUAACGCACCAUGCAGGGAUUAAAGCAGCCGUGGUUUGUGUCACCCUGUUGGACCGGCUAAAAGGAGAUCAGAUCCACUACCCCAAAGAGGUGCUGGACGAAUGGCAGCAGAGACCCCAGAAACUAGUGUGCCGUUACAUAAAGAAAUACCUGUCGAAACGGGGCUUGAUAUUGAACAACCAUUGCGGUUCGGUGAACGUCAAGAGCCCUAGGAGGUUCAAGCUCGUCCAACAAGAAUCUGAAAGUUAUGACUAA